UGUGGACCAUUUAUCAGUGUUGCCUUUACUGAUGUUUACUAUUAUAUGUGGCAGAAUUGGCAUUUACUGGCUUACUUAAGGUUUACCAGUGUUUCUGAUGGUACAUUACCAUUGGUAGCAUAACAGUACUGGCAUACUGAUGGCUCUGUACUGAAGUUUGAUUACCACUGUUACCUUUGACCUUUGGGUAUUAUAUCGAUCAGGAUAAGUCUAACUUGGUGUCGUAAACGUGGUUUAAUUUGGAAAUAUUUCAAAUAAAUGGGUGUAAGGAUAUAUAUUUGUUGGAGGCAAUGUCAGAGACGGAGCAGAAGAGACAGAGUCGGAUUCAUGAACUGCUAGACACCGAGAAGUCCUACGUUGAUGAUAUGGUUCUGGUAGUUGAGGUUUUCAAGAAGCCUCUUGAGGAACAAAAGCGUCUGACGAUUCAAGAGCUAGGGAUGCUUUUUGUGAAUUGGAAUGAACUUAUACAGUGCAAUACUAAACUCCUCAAGGCGAUGCUUGUUAGAAAAACAAUGAGCGGGAAAAACCAACCUGUCGAGCAGAUUGGUGAUAUACUCUGUGAACAGCUUCCCCAUUUUACCCCUUACAUUCGAUUCUGCAGUUGUCAACUGAGUGCCUCCGCUAUGCUACAAAAGAAGAUUGACACGGAUCCUGCCAUCAAGGAUUACUUAAGAAAUUUGAUAGUCUGGACAGGUCUUUAUAGAAGGCGCCUUUGCCACAUUAGGUAUAUUGCUUGUUUUGGUUUUAGUCCAGAAUAA